AUGCAAGUGUUACUGGAUCGCACACUCAACUACAAUUGGCUUGAAAGACCAGUGAACAACAUGAUUUACAGUAUAAGCCUGCGCAACAACCAGCUGAGCGGCUGUUUGCUGCAGCCCAUCCCGCCAUCCGUCAAGAAGUACCAGCUAGACAGCAACUUCUUCUCCUGCGGCUUCUCCUCUCCGCCCGACUGCUCCCAGACCAUCAUAGCCGUGCAAGCCAACUGCCUCGGCGCCACUUACGUGCCUCCCUGCCCCAUGGACCCCCAGCGAGUGACAGAGGUCUGUGCGUCCUUCUGCGGCCUCUCUGCCACCUCGCUUCCUUGCGCCGGGCACGGCACAUGCUUCUAUUCUGGUCCCAACAGGAUCCCCACGUGCGCCUGCAACACCGGGUAUACCAACGGGGAGCUCCCAGGGACGUGCGUGGCUGUUGCUGCUGCCGGUGGUGCUACUCCUGCUGACUUCUCCCUUCUGACCUCGAUAAGUGUUGCUUCUGGCGAUGGUGGCGGUGCGGCGAUGGCGGUGAGUGGAGCAGCAGCGACGCAGCCGGAUAACAGCGUGGUGCUGACGAGCAACCAGGAGGCGGCGUGGGGAGCGGCGUUCCUGGUGUCGCGCGUGCGCCUCUUCUCCUACGCCGUCAAGAACCACUCGUGCGGCCGCGAGAUCGCCCUCAAGCUCUCCUUCUCCUUCUCCAUCGCCCCGGCCACCGCCAGCAACGGCGUCGACAAGGGCGGCCUCGCGUUUGUAAUCGCGGCAACGAAUGCCGUCCCUGGUGGUGACGGCAGCACGUUGGGUUACUCCGGCAUGAAUGAGCGCAGUAUCGCAGUGGAGUUCGACACGUUUCAGGAUGCAAGCAGCAGCGACCCGGACAGCAGCCACGUGGGCAUCAACAUCGGUGGCUCCGUGGUUUCUAUCUCCACUGCGGCCGUGCCAGGGCUCAACUCAGGGAGCACCAAGUAUGCAUGGAUCGACUACUCUCCGGGGAAAGGCGGGCUGCUGGCGGUGUAUGUGGGUACUACGGCCUCUCGCCCCGCGAAGCCGGUUCUCAGGCGCAGCGUGUCGCUGUGUGGAGUGCUGAAGCCCACAUUUGAGGAUGCAACGUUUGUGGUUGGCUUCACUGCGGCGUCGUCUGACCCCCCUCAAAAGCACACAGUGUUGCAGUGGUCGCUGGAUACAGAUUUUCCAACCCAGGACACCGUAACAGCCCUGCCGCUGGGCUUCACGCUAGCAGAGGCCUCAUUCACCACCUCAGGAGUCAACCUCUACUUCCGCUACGCCAGUGCCGGUGCGCUGCAACCCCCUGCAGGAGCAGCACCAGGGGCGAGCACGGACGUGGAGCAGCAGUGGGCAGUGGCGACCAACAUGACAUGGGUGCGCACAGACCUGCUGCCCAACUGGUCAGUGCCCAACCAGGCGGGGUGUGGCAACUGCUGGGCUUACGCUGUCGUGGCCAGCAUAGAAGCCGCCUACGCCAUCCUCUCAGCCAAUGGCUCUCUGCCUGUCUUCUCCGUUGACUCGCUUGUUGCCGACAUGAAGGCUGACUGUUCCGGAGGGUCCCCCUCCAAGGCCUUCCAGUACCUGCUUUCUGUUAGCAAGCGCGGCGGCGGGCUGGAGGUGCAACAGGUUGGAGGAGGAGGAGGAGCAAGGGUAAGGAAGGGCGGAGGGAGGGGUGCGACGGGUGUGGCUGUGGCAGCAGGAAGCGGCGAUGCGGUGGGGUUGCAGGGGAAACAAGGGAAACAGGGGACACCGACAGCAGCAGCGGUGGCGGCAGCUGCGGCAGCAGCGGGUCAGAGUCCGCUGUGCUCGCCGUUGCUGAAGCCGAUAGCAGCUCUGUUUGGAGUGAACUGCACGCCACCCAAGCAGAGAACGGGACCCACUGUGGUGCGUCCGGGCUACAGCAUAACGGGCUUUGAGCGGGCGGCAUUCUACAGCUGGUUCGGCCUGGUGCUGGCGGUGCAGCGGCAGCCAGUGGUGGUGCACAUAGAGGCGUCUGCUGAUUCCUUCCUCAACUACGAUGGGCUACACAAGUACCAGGACCCAGCGUGCUUCACGUACAACCUGAACCACGUGGUGCUGCUGGUGGGGUACCGACUGGUUGGGUUUGACGAAGCCUUUCCCCACAUGGCGCCACCUUAUUGGAUCAUCCGCAACUCAUGGGGGCCUGAUUGGGGCGAUGGGGGCUACAUGCUCAUGGACAUCCAGGGAGGGGAUGGCGUGUGCGGCAUCAACACUCUGCCGGGGAUCUACCCCAUCGUUCUUGACAAGCAGGACCCGUGCAAUGGCCGCGCGCACCACGAUACAAUCGGUGCCGUGUUGAACCCGUGUGGCAACUUUGCGUGCACUCGGACUGCUGACGGCAAGUCCAACCGCUGCGACUGCAACACCGCAACCGAUGGCCGAUUCAUUGAGGCCAUCAACACCGAUGGCUCCCGCACCUGUGCCUACGUGGAUGCCUGUGCAGCGCAAAUCCGCAACCCGUGUGCGGUGGGCACGUGUGUGAAUGACGGGGCGGGGUCGUACUCGUGUGUGUGUCCACCGGGCUUCAGGCAGGGCACCACCGUCGAUGGCACCUUCUCCUGUGCUCCCGGCAGCACCAACGGCACCUACACCGUUAUCUCAAACAAUGUCAAGUGCUCAGACGUCUUUCCCAUCUACGGACUCUCUCUGGAGCAACUCAAGCAGCAGAACCCGGCCAUCGCGUGUGAAGCGCCUCUACCGCUGGGCUCGGUGCUGCAAGUGGCCCCGCCCACCACCGUCACGCCCUGCACUGUCUACUACACCACUGAGGAAGGAGACACCUGUGAGGCCCUGGCGACCUACUUCGCUCUGGCCAGCACCUGCCCGUCCCCCGAGUGCACGGCAGCCUUGCAGGCGCUCAACCCGGGGGUGGACUGCAGCGCCAACAGCGGGCAGCUGCCGGCGAGCCAGGCGGUGUGUGUGGAGCGGCGGGCGGAGAUGGCGGGGGUGGUGGCGCUGUGCUCGCAGUAUUACUUCGUGGAGAGCGCCGAGACGUGCGAGUCCAUCCGCAACGUGCCCGACCCGCCUCUCUCCCGCGUCGACUUCUACCGCCUCAACCCCGGCAUCAAGUGCAGCCGCCUCGUGCCCAAGACCGACGUUGGCAGCUUCACCGGCUUCGAGGCCUGUGUUGGGAGCACGGACAGUCUUCUGCAGGGGACGUGUCCCCGUGCUACUGCAAUUACAAUCGGCACUGGUGAUCGCUGCACCGCAAUUCAGGUCAAAACCCCUCUCAACGCCAUGGCUCGUAAGCGCAAGAGCGCCGCUGAAGCCGCCAGCGCCACCCCGCGGGAUCUCACUGAGAUCCCGUAUAUUGCUUGGAUGCACAAGCAGCUUUCCUCUGGGCGCAAGCCGACAGGCCCGCAGCCAUGGGACACUCCUUCGCGUGGCGACACCUCCUACCAGGCCCCCCGUGACGUCCCGACGUGCGGGCGCCGUAACGCCGACCGUGUGGCGUCUUCGCGCAGUCCCGACGCAACCACGUAUGACGAGGGUGAGGACGACGCGGACUACAACGAGGAGGCAUACUGCACGGACGACGACGCGGACUCCGGAGAAGAGCCUGACAAGGGCAUGUCAGACUCGGAUGCGGAGAGCGACGACGACGACGCCAUCAAGGAAUCGCAGCCCGCAACUCCGCCUGUUCGCCGCGGUCGUGGUAAGGCUGGACCGGGAGAGAAGGGCGCCACGGUUGGCGGGGAGCCCCCCCGCCGUCCACCAAAGACCCGGGAGCCCAUGCCGGUGAAGUGCAGUGUGUGGUCGCCCACGGAGAGCACGAUUCUCGUGGCCGCCCGCUGGUUCAUGAAGGAUGAGCUGGAGCCGCUUCUGGGAAAGCAGGGAUCCCAGUAUUGGGCCCGCCUCGUGCGCCACAUCGAGAGCGAAAAUGAAGGAUGGGUCCGCGGCGUCCACGCCGUGCAGAAACAGUGGCGCAACCUCGUCCAAAUGUACAAGCAGCUGCAUAAGGCGGACAAGGCCUCUGGCAACGGCGUGGUGUGUAAGCCGCCAUGGUGGCAGUACAUGGUGUUAUUUCAGAACAACCGUGCAGUCGCAGCGCCUCACGCCGUCGCCGCCGGUGGUGCCACGCACGUGAAUGCGCCGACCGGAUUCGCGGUGCCGUCUACAUCCGCGCCCUGCACCUCAACGCCCACGUUCACUGGUGAGCAACUUCCGCGUGCUUUGCACGUGUUCUCUAUGUUUGUACAAACAUCUCGGUGUGAACUAUCAUUAUCAUUUACGCUUUACAUCAUACGGCACAUCAUCUCUCCGAACUCAAUGUCUUCCCUACUGUAA